UCUGUUGGAUACAGCUCUGGAAUGAUCGACGAUAUUCUCGAUCAUUCGAUAAACGCGCCUGGGCCACUGCGACAAACUCGAAUAUUCUAGACGCGACACCCCCUCCCCCGCUGCUGAUCUAUCCACGACGGUCCCUAUAUAUAUGGGCCGCCGCGACCGUUUGGCUCGCUAGUCACCGUAUUCUUUUGCGUUGGUAAUUUCCACGUAAUUAUUGGUGUUUUGUCGGCUGUUGCAGUGGCGCAGUACGCGGUAAGAACUUUGUUGUUUAUUGUUUCUUAUAUAUAUAUAUCGGUACAAUUUUUUUAUAACUUUGUUUUAAUAUAUUUUGUUUUAUUGUUUCUUUAUAUAUAUAUUGGUAUAAUUUGUUGUAAUAUUGUAUUGUAAUUUCAUACAAUUAUAUCUUGAUGUAUUAAUUGAUAAUUUAUAUUGACUUUGUUAUAUUAUAUUUUAAUACAUCUCAUUUUCUAUACACAAUAUAUAUAUCUUAAUCAUACAUACAGUCCACUUGUCGUUAGACAUAUUCAUUUUAAAGCGUGGUUACCCCGAACAACGAUUUGCUAGGGACCUCGCUUACAUUUUUUGGACCUUCGUUCCGGAUAUUUUGUUAUCAAUAUGGCACCUUCAAAAUCUUCGAAACAAGAAUUAACGCGAGCACGCGUCGCAAGGGACGCGGCGUUAAAUUCAAUACGGAAAAUACAUGCACUGGCUAUGGAAGCGGACACGGAUGAGCAUAAACGACCAAUAUUUUUCGCACGUCACGGGACAUUAGAACGUGCGGUUAAGUCGUUUGAAGCGGAGCAAGGAAAUGUUCUUUCUUCACUGGUUGAAUUAAACAGGUCUGACGAAUUUACAAGUUCAGAUUUAGAAAUUACUGAGGACAUGGAAAAAAUGUGCGGAGAAAUUCAAGUGGUGUUUUCGAAAUUACGUGGAUAUCCUUCAAUUACACAUCAAGGUGCAAUCGUAGAACGCGAAAAUACGUAUAAUUCUCGUGCAUCGCUGUCGUUGCCGAAGAUUGAGCUUCCAAAAUUCGACGGUAGUCUUUUAAAUUGGUGCGCGUUUCGCGAUAUGUUCACGUCACUAGUGCAUGAAAAUCGGUCAAUAACGGAUAUAGAGCGCUUUCAUUAUUUGGUGUCAUGCUUAUCAGGAUCGGCCUUGAACAUUGUCAAAUCAGUUCCACUAACCUCAGAUAAUUAUGUAAUCGCCUGGUGUGCGCUUCGGGAUCGUUAUGAUAACAAGCGACUUCUUGCUACAGCACAUUGUGAUAAAUUAUUUUCAUUUGAACGUUUACAACGGGAAUCGGUAUCCUCGUUAUCAUCUUUUGUUAAUACUUUUCGUGAGAAUGUGGCUGCGCUAAAGGCACUUGGUGUUGUUGAUUUGUCUGGAUUCUUGCUAUUCUACAUCGGAGCCCGCGUCAUUGAUCCUGAUACUCGUCGAUUAUUUGAAGCAAGUGUACCUCAAGAAAGCAUACCGAAGCUGGAUGAACUGUUGGAUUUUGCUGCGAAUCGGUGUAAGAUUUUAGAAAACGUUGGCGCUAACACGGGUACACUGUCAGUGGGCAACAGUAGUUCUAGAAAGGGCAAGGGCGGCCAGACGUCCGUGAAGACUUCAUUAUCGACUACUGCCACUGCCAAGAACAAAUGUGCGUUUUGCGAUCGUGAUCACCCGUUGUUUCGAUGUUUAAUGUUCAAGAGGAAAUCGGUCGCCGAACGGCGGGAGUUUGUCAUUAAGAAAGAAUUAUGUUUUGUUUGUCUACGUCCGGAUCAUGAAGCAAACUCCUGUAAGUCGGCGUACUUGUGCAAAACUUGUGAAGGACGACACAGUGUAUUACUCCAUUUAGAUUCAAAACAUAAGGGUUCAGGGAAAACAUCAACACCUAAUGCAAUGGAAAUUUCAAAACCGAUUGAAAGCACCACGGAUCAGAACUGUACAGCUACUAACUUUUCAGGCGCUGUGAAAUCGGAUGUUAGUGUUGUACUGGCUACGGCGAUAGUGAGAAUACGAGACCAAUCUGGUGAGCUGGUGCCAGUGCGAGCUUUAUUAGAUACUGGAUCACAAAUUUCGGCCAUUACCAAUCAGUGUGCGAUCCAACUUGGUUUACCACGUCACAAGGGACGAGUAGAGGUUAGUGGUCUGGCACAGCAGCCCGUACGAACUGUUAAGGGUUCAACCAAUUGUAGCUUUGUUCCUUUGUUGUAUGAUGCACCGCAAAUAUCGGCCACCAACAUUGUAAUAUUACCAAAAAUCACCGCUCUUAUGCCGAAUCAAAAAUUACCCAUUUCAAUUCGUGAGCGAUACGGGCAUCUUCCACUCGCUGACCCCGAUUUUGAUGUACCAGGUUCAGUAGACAUGCUGAUUGGAGGGGAUUUAUAUCCAUUCAUCUUGCAAUCGCGAUCGGAUAUUGUCCAUAGUCCCGGUCUGCCGUCAGCCUUGAACACACAGUUUGGUUGGGUAAUAGUCGGAGCCAUAGAAGGGUCAAGAGAAUACUCUACGGCUUCAUCGUUGGUGGUUCAUGCGGCAUCAGAUAAUCAAAAUAUAGGUGAGCUUUUACAGCGAUUUUGGGAAGUUGAAGAACUUGAUAUAAACCAUAGCCCAAGCACAGAAGAUGAAGCAUGUGAAAGACAUUUUCAAGAAACAGUAUCGCGGGAUUGUAAUGGAAGAUUCCAUGUUGCUUUGCCUUUCAAAUCCAUAAUUUCUAGUUCAAUGGAUAAGGGAAAUACAAAGCAUGACGCUCAUUCAUUAGGCCUAGGAUCGUCCCGGGCAUUAGCUCUGAAUCGCUUAUAUAAUCUUGAACGUCGCCUAAGUAAGGACGAAGAGCUAUAUAACGCCUAUCGUGAUUUUAUGGAUGAAUAUAUUGCACUAGGCCAUAUGAAGUUGGCUGAACGCACCGGAGAAUAUUUCAUACCACAUCACGCAGUUGUAAAACGGAAGGAGAAUGAUAUAAAAAUUCGAGUUGUUUUUGAUACCUCCGCCCCUUCUUCGUCGGGACGUUCUCUGAACGACUGCUUAGCAACUGGGUCUAAAUUGCAAACCGAUAUCGGUGACAUCUUGUUGCGUUGUCGAUUCUAUAAGUACAUAUUCAUAGCGGACAUAGUUAAGAUGUAUCGACAAAUAUUCGUUCGAAAAGAAGACCGUGUUUACCAACACAUUCUUUGGAGACGUUCACCACACGAGCAAUUGGAACAAGAUAAUGGUCCAGAAUUUCCAUUGACAAGGCAAUUUCUGCGGUCAUAUACCUAUGUGGAUGACAUUAUUGCAGGGGCCGAUACAAGGGAAGGCAUAUUGAAGGUGCAAUGUCAAGUCGUUGGGUUGUUACAGAAAGGCUGUUUUCAGCUCAGUAAAUGGGCCAGUAAUUGCCCCGAAGUAUUGGAAGGCAUUGCGAAGGAGGACUGCGCCAGUAACCCAUACUAUGAACCUCAUUCUGGACUGGCUAUAAAAAUAUUGGGACUUUACUGGGACCCGUAUGGAGAUACAUUCGGAUACAGGUCAAAUAUUACAGAGAUGCAACCUACAAAGCGAUCAGUACUAUCAGUCCUCGCUCGAUUAUAUGAUCCCAUUGGAACAUUAGGCCCAAUGGUUUUCUGGGCUAAGUGCCUAAUGCAAGAGCUAUGGCGCCAAGGACUGAACUAGGACACUCCAAUUUCCAAUGAGAUCUCUUCCAAGUGGAAUAUGUUCAUAGAAGAACUUACAUCGUUGGCGCACUUGAAGUUACUUCGUCAUAUUAGCAUUGGAAAAUGCAUAAAGGCAUCAAGAGGGUUACUCCCAAGCCAAUUAGUUGCUUCGCAGUUGCAUUUGAAUGGUCCGGAAUUCUUACGGCAGCCUGAAGAACAAUGGCCGAGUCAAACUUUAACAAGACUUCCUUCCGAGCAACUUCCAGAUUACAAACAACCAGUCAAGUGUGUGUUGCAUAUCCUUAAAUGUAAAGAAUCAGAAGAGAUCUUCCGUCGUUUUUCGUCAUUAACGAGAAUGCAACGGACACUCGCGUAUGUAUGGCGCCUCAUUGACCGUUGCAAACGGAGGCCUGUAAGCAGCGGCCCACUUACUCAAAUUGAACUCAAUCGAACACUUCUUAACAUCAUUAAGCUUACGCAA